CAGUUAUCAGAGAUUUGGGGGAAUUUAUUAACAGGGGAGAGAAGCAAAGAGGUAACAGAGCUCGGAAGAUUUACUGCGAAGCACUAUAUUUUGUCAAUGACGACACAUGCACCUAUAGCCAGCCACUGAACUGUGACAAACAUUUAUGUUAUCGGAACACUGUGCACAGCAACAAAACCACAGCACAUUUUUUGGAAAUUUUAUUCUCGAUUUGGACGUGAAUAUUGCGACGACAGUCUUUUUCAGCUUUAAAAUGAGUGUGGGAUCAGUAUUCAACCCACCCGUCAACACCACUUUCGUAAGAAUAAGAGGGUGAAGUGUUGGAUCGCUUCAAAACGGACUGAAGUACAUGGUUUUGCGAUCUUGCCUGUUUGACAAACACAGAUUGGGACGACCUCGGAACGGGAAAAUGGAUGGCGGGGUGCCGGAUAUGCGGAGUUUGUAACGGUGGAGGCACGGACAGCCUGGACUGAGGGAUGUUUUGUCAGAGAAGGUGUUGAAACCACAAAAAAAAUCUCUCCCCCCUUUUGCGUAAAGUGGAUGUUUCACACUCUCCGGGACUCCAGGGAGACAACUGAACAGAGACACUUACAGGGGAUUGGUCAUUUGUUAGCAUGCAAUGUGAGGCCACCACAGAAUUUUGCACAUCAGCAACAAGGGACGGAGCAAUGUUGGGAGUUACUCUUUCCCGGGACACUGCCUGAAGCAAAAGAUGUUUAACUGCGGCACGACCAUGGAGGUGAAGGUAAACCUAACUCGGGAGAAAGGACGUUGAUCAAAGCUCAGACCAGGUGCAGAUGGAUUGAAGGUAGGCCCUAUCUUUGGUUGGAAGACGAGAUUUCUCCAUGACUGCCCUGUGGUCGGUGGGUCCCCUGUGAUUAGCGGGAACAGGUCUGAGUGUGACACAGGAGGAGGGGUGGACACUGUACACGAGGGCUCUUUCGGUGUUUGUGUGUGUGUGUGUGUUGGGAAUGAGGCAGAACACUACCACCAUGGAUGGCAGCUCGCUGGCUGCUGAGCAGGACUCCUCGUUCCGAGUGCUGACGGGCUGUUUCCUCUCGCUGCUGAUCCUCUCCACGCUGCUGGGCAACACCCUGGUCUGCGUGGCGGUCAUCCGCUUUCGCCACCUGCGGACGAAGGUCACCAACUUGUUUGUGAUCUCGUUGGCCGUCUCCGACCUCUUGGUGGCGGUGCUGGUGAUGCCCUGGAAGGCGGUGAGCGAGAUCGCGGGUUUCUGGCCCUUCGGCCCCUUCUGCAACGUCUGGGUGGCCUUCGACAUCAUGUGCUCCACCGCCUCGAUCCUCAACCUGUGCGUGAUCAGCGUGGACAGAUACUGGGCCAUCUCCAGCCCCUUCCGCUACGAGCGGAAAAUGACGCCCAAAGUGGCUUUCGUGAUGAUCAGCGCGGCGUGGAGCCUCUCUCUGCUGAUCUCCUUCAUCCCCGUCCAGCUGGACUGGCAUAAGGCGAGGGUCCCCAGUGGGCUACAUGGCAAUGCCACCUCCCAGCGCCCAGGGGACAACUGCGACUCCAGCCUCAACAGGACCUACGCCAUCUCCUCAUCCCUCAUCAGCUUCUACAUCCCCGUGGCCAUUAUGAUCGUCACCUACACCCGCAUCUACCGAAUCGCCCAGAAACAGAUCCGGCGCAUCUCGGCCCUGGAGAGAGCCGCCGUGCACGCCAAGAACUGCCAGAGUAACCGGAGCAGCGCCAGCACUGCGGACAUACAGCCCGAGAGCUCCUUCAAGAUGUCCUUCAAGCGAGAGACCAAAGUGCUCAAGACCCUGUCGGUGAUCAUGGGCGUCUUCGUGUGCUGCUGGCUGCCCUUCUUCAUCCUCAACUGCUUGGUGCCGUUCUGUGAGAGCCACGCCAGCCCGCCUCCCCUGCCCUGUGUCAGCGGCAGCACCUUCGAUGUCUUUGUCUGGUUCGGCUGGGCCAACUCCUCCCUCAACCCCAUCAUCUACGCCUUCAACGCGGACUUCCGCAAGGCCUUCUCCACCUUGCUGGGCUGCGGCGCCCUGUGCGCCAGCAACGCCGUGGAGACGGUCACCAUCCACAACGGAGUCUCCUUGUACCAUCCUGGGCCAACCCUGGAGAAAGCGGAGAACAGCGUCUACCUGAUCCCCCAUUCGGUGCCCUGCCCUCCAGAAACUCCGACAGACCACAACUGCUGCGCAAAGCUCUCGCCCAUCUCCCAGCACGGGGCGGUCAGCCUUCUGUCGAGCAAUGGGGACUAUGAGACGGACGUGUCCUUGGAAAAGAUCAUUCCCAUUACCCAAAACGGCCAACACAAUACCUGACCAUGCCGAAAAAAAAGCUGCUUUUCAACGUAGUAGAGCCAGUUGGUGUCAAACCUCUUAAAUUCGGUUUGUCCAUCACUAACAACACACUGCUUACUGUCGUUACUUGAACUUCAAGUUACAUAUUACAGAGUCCUUCAUUUACCCCUAUUUAAUAUUGGAGAUUUAAUGAAAUUAAGUGAGAAAUCUGGUUAGAUGGCAUUCAUUGCUAUAUUCAGUACUGAAGCCCAUUCAGUACAAAGGGUACAAAACAUCAGUCCUAUUUUGUAAUAUUACCUGUGACUGUAUUGGAGUAGAAGCCCACUUCAUGCACAGUCGAAAUCUGCGAAAUCGGUGAAUGUGGCCAAGUAGUCAGUGUGGAGUAUUAUUGCAGCCUUUGAGAUGAUUUGCAAAACAUUCAUUAGAACCCAAACUAGAAGAUGGAGUUUUAAUAAGUUUUUGUUACCUGUUAAUUUCCAUUUGCACCCAAAUCGUAAUUGUAAGAUUGAUGACAAACGUCGAGAGAGUCCUCUAUUCAACUCAAUACUCAACACCCCCAAUCUAAGCAACCAGUCAGAUUUGGGAUCUGUUAUGGUCUACCUUUGUUGGCACCUCCUUUAAGUUUCAGUGACUAUGUGACAUUUCCUGCUGCAGAAAAUACAUACAAUUGCUCUAUAGUCAAGAUGGGAUUCCUUGGCUAUGAUAUGGGGAGGCUUAUUGAUUUCCAAAGUUUGAAAACUGUAUUCAAAAUAGAACUAUUUAUUAACUGAUAGAACAUCAUAACCUGUAAUGCUAUAUACUAAAUGUGGGGCUGUGACUAGUAUUUAGGUUUCUACCCCCCCAAAAAAACUCAAUGAAUUCCAACAUGCUGAGAUGCGGAUGAGUUGUAUUGUCAGGCAGUAAAGAGUUUGUCCCUUAUUUGUUGAGAAGUAAACUAACUUCACAUAUCUAUGUGUUGUACAUUCUGUGCUCAUGCCUCAGCUGUUCCAAUUUUAUAUGUUCUUGUUCUAUGUACUGAUCAUUUAUGAAAAUUGUAUUUGGUGUGUAUUUUCAAAAAGGCAAUAAUUGCCCUUCAAUCAAUUGUCUUAAUCACCCCGCACCCUUUACAUUAUUGAUGUAUUUUCUCUCUCCCCUCAUGCCCACCUCCUUUCAUUUCUUGUAUUGACAAACCAGUAAUGGCACAUGGAAAUUGUCCAUUGUGUACUGUUUGGACCGGUACUGUGCACAAAUAUGGAAGCUUGGAAACUGUGUUAUGUAUGGUUUUUCUUCUUUGCUUACCUCAGAACUAGCUAAUUUUAAAAAAGGUCACUCUGUGCCUGUGUCAUUUUAACCUAAACUCUCGAUUAAUCUCAUGCCGCGCUGAACUGAGAAGCAAACAUGAAUCAGAUGCCAAAAACCUGGUGGUUUCAGGUUUUCUGAUGACUGAGACUGUUCCGUGAAAGGACCCAGCAAUUCAGAUACCGAUAGUGAAUGUACAACUGAAUGUCUUGUAAUUAAAUGUUCAGUUCGAUAAUUUACAGUGAUGCUGAUCAUGUUGCUGCUGUUAAAGUGAAUUUGUUUUCAUUUACAGGUAUUCAGAAUGUGUUAGCUAAUCUAGUGGCUGUCAGUGAACAAUAUACAAUCCUGUUGUAUAGGCCUGUUACAUUAGCUUUCAAUUUUCACUGCCAGUAAGCCAAAAAACCUUGCAAAAUCUAUUGUAUGGAUUGGGUAUAUGUCAUGUGGAUAAAACAGAAAAUUGGAUUCAGAGGAUGCCUACUCUCCAGGCAUUAAUUACCAUUGCAAUGGAGGAUCUGAUUCAAACAUCAAGUAAUAGCUGGAUACUACUGCUUCUAUUCAUUCAUCCCACAAUUUGCAAGCUAGAUUAAGCAUAACUAGAUGUAAUGUUCAAAAACUCUAUAAAAUCAUCUUUGUAAUAGUUUGAAGCAUAGCUAGGUUUGACAGCAUCCGUGGAGAUAGAAACUGAGUGAAUCUCAGAAGUUGGUGAUCAUUUAUUAAUAAUGACUUAAUUAGAUUAGAUUAGAUUAGAUUACUUACAGUGUGGAAACAGGCCCUUCGGCUCAACAAGUCCACACCG